GCGCCCUCAGGCUAUAAGUACCGGCGCUUCCGCCACGUUUAAUUCCGAAGAGAAUAUAAAAUCGAAGUUUGGUGUGAGAAACCACAGCUCUAACAUGGCGCAAGAGGGCAUGGAGAAUGGGAAGAAGGUGAUGAUCGCCAUUGAUGAAAACGAGUGUAGCCUCUAUGCGCUCAGGUGGGCACUCGACAAUCUUCAGGAUCGUCUCACCACGUCGUCUCUCGUGAUCUUCACAGCUCAGCCCAUGGCUGAUUAUGGUUACAUCUAUGCUGCAUCUCUCGGUUCUGCUCAUCCGCAGCUGACUAAAGCCAUUCAGGAACAUCAAAAGAAGGUGUCCUUGUCUCUCUUGGAAAAAGCUAAAGACAUCUGCGCUAACCAAGGGGUAACUGCAGAGACAAUUACAGAAAUUGGAGAUCCCAAAGAGGCCAUUUGUAAUGCAGUUGAAAAGUUCAAGAUCAAUCUACUUAUUUUAGGUUGCCGUAGUCGAGGAGUCCUCCAAAGGGCUUUCCUAGGGAGCGUGAGCAACUAUUGUGUUCAUCAUGCCAAGUGUCCUGUUCUUGUAGUGAAGAAACAAGAAUGAAAGAGUUGAAUCACAUUGUGAACUUGAAAUAAUUUGGUACAAAAUGUAUAGCUCUCUGUUCAUAUGUUAUUUUAUAUGGUUUCACAUUGUUAAGCUGUGUGGAUAAAGAGACUGAAACUAUGAUUGUACAACAAUGAGUGAAGCACAGUCUAAUUUGGUUGUAAAACUUUGAACAGUCCCAUAGACCCACUGACCUGUUCAAACAAAUCAGCUAGCCAGAUUAGUAUUACCGGAUCAUUGACAAAGUCAUGCCUUCCUUUUUGCAGGCAAGCAGUUAGAAUAAUGAAAUGGCAGACAGAACCUGCUACUAGCAAAAAGCAUAUUAACA